AUGUCUGCUAGUGUAAAGCGAGAGAGGAGCAGCCACUGGUCCUUGGCCGAAAUAUCUGUUUUAACAGAUUUCGUGGAGAAAAAUGAAGAAGUACUCAAGGCCAAGCAGAGCAAUUUAAUAACAAAUGCCAAAAAGACCAGCAAAUGGGCGGAGGUGACGGAACUGAUCAAUGCGGUGGGGGUCCACCGCAGGUCGAUCGAGCAAGUAAAGUUCAAAUGGGGAAAUCUACAACAGGGGGCCAAGAAGACGUUUACGGAGGCCCGUAAACAUGCCAGGAAAACGGGCGGUGGACCUCCACCCAAACCCCCUACUGCCGCCGAGGAAAAGAUCAUAGAGAUUAUGAAGGACAGGCCCAAUUUCUCUGGGAUUGCUGGGGGGUUCGAGUCCUCAAUGCCAGGCAUGACAGGUAUAACGAUGAAUAUUACAUAG